AUGCUCAUCUCGCCUUGGGGCCAUGCUUCGUCGUUGCUGCCGUUGUUUGCUUGUGGCUUCGAUGGCGCCUUGGGCGCCUGGGAGCGGCUGCGGGAUCUCUCCGACUCGGGCGGCGCUCUGAUGCCCUCGGCCCGCGCGGAGCACGCCGGCGCCUGGGACGCCUUGAGUCGGACUCUGCUCGUGCAGGACGGCAGUGGCCUGGUGGGUGACUUGUGGGCCUACGACGUGGAGGUCCAGGCCUGGAUACGGAGGUCGGGUCAAGGCCCUGCGCCCCGGGCGUCUCACGCGGCCGGCUGGGAUCAAGCCGCCCGAGCGCUCUGGGUGCAUGGCGGCUACGGCUACGACGGCUCGACGACGAAGUGGUACCGGGACGUGUGGAGGCACCAGUCCGGGACUUGGACUUUGGAAGCCGGCGACGGAGGGCCGUGCGAACGUGAAGGCCACGUGAUGGUUUGGGAUCCCGGCACGGCGUCGCUGCUCGUGCAUGGCGGCUGGACUGGUGCCAAGUGGCUGUCCGACUUGUGGACUUACAAAGCGGUGUCCAAGGAGUGGCAGCAGCUGAACAUCAGCGAUGCGCCGAUGGCUCGCUCGCACCACGUGGCGGUCUGGGAUGGGGCUGGCCGGAGGGUCUGGCUGCAUGGCGGCUACGGAACGGGCCUCUUCGCAGAUCUGUGGAUCUUGGACCGCGGCCGCUCUUCUGUCUGGGCGGAGGUGGCGUUUGCGGGAGGCCCCACAGCGAGGUCGGGCCAUGCAGUGGCCUGGGAUGAAGCGGCUGCCGCCCUCUGGCUGUAUGGGGGGAACGAUGGCUUCAUGAAGCAGGACCUUUGGAGAUACGAUUCUUCGGCAAACAGCUGGGAUCUCAUCAGGGACAUUGUGCAAUCCGGGCCAUCGGCACGCUGGUCUCAUGUUGCUGCCUGGGAUGCGGGAGCCCAGGCCGUCUACAUCUACGCAGGCUACAACGGGACACUGUGCGGAGACCUCUGGAGAUUUCUGGUGACCACGACCUCGACUACACACUCCAAGACAAGUUCCUCCAUAACUUGGACUAUCAGCUCCAGCACCACGACCUCCCGGACAAGUACUUCACAUACACAGUCGUCAAGUACCACCGCGAGCACCAGCUCAAGCAGCAGCUCUAGCAGCACCAGCAGCAGCUCCGCGACGUCAAGCUGGAGCACCACAAGCACCAGAACAUCCAGCACAGGCAGCACCACAACCUACACGUCCACUUCAAGCACCAGCACCAGUUCAAGCAGCAGCUCUAGCAGCAUCAGCAGCAGCUCCACGACAUCAAGCUGGAGCACCACAAGCACCAGAACAUCCAGCAGCAGCACCACCACUACCGACACGUCCACUUCGAGCAGCAGCACGAGUUCAAGCAGCAGCUCUAGCAGCACCAGCACCAGCUCCACGACAUCGAGCUGGAGCACCACAAGCACCAGAACAUCCAGCAGCACCACCACCACAACCUACACGUCCACUUCAAGCACCAGAACCAGUUCAAGCAGCAGCUCUAGCAGCACCAGCAGCAGCUCCACGACAUCAAGCUGGAGCACCACAAGCACCAGAACAUCCAGCAGCAGCACCACCACUACCGACACGUCCACUUCGAGCAGCAGCACGAGUUCAAGCAGCAGCUCUAGCAGCACCAGCACCAGCUCCACGACAUCGAGCUGGAGCACCACAAGCACCAGAACAUCCAGCAGCACCACCACCACAACCUACACGUCCACUUCAAGCAUCAGCACUAGCUCAAGCAGCAGCUCUAGCAGCACCGGCAGCAGCUCCACGACGUCAAGCAGCACCAGCAGCAGCUCCACGACGUUAAGCUUGAGCACCACAACCACGGCAACAUCGAGUACUACAAGCGCCACGACCCGCACUUCCACUUCAAGCACUAGCGCUACCUCAAGCAGCAGCUCUAGCACUGUAACAUCCAGCACCGCCACCGCCACGACUUUCACUUCCACAUCAAGCACAUCUCGCACAGGCAGCAGCACUUCAGGGACGCAGACAACCUUGACCGACACUUCAAGCACGCAUACUUCAAUCACGACAAGUUCGCUCACGAUGACCACUACAACUGCCACAGGCGGAUGGGUGGCAGUGGCUUAUCCAGAGGUUCCAGAAUGGGUCUUAUGGAUUUUUGCCAUCUUCGUGGCAGUUUUUGUGCUGCCGGUCUCUAUCGUUUGUUUCCGAUACCACCUGUACCGGGCAGUUGUCGUGCCAGUCACGAUCCAAGAGCCCUUGACUUCCAAAGCACCUCAGCCAGUGGAUCUCCCACGGCCAUGCGUGACGUCCUGGCUGCUGCUGACGCUUCCGGUCCUGUCAAUCGCAUCGCCUCCACCGCCCUCGGUUCAUUCGGGUGCUCGGAUCAGCAUCCGACUGCGAUCUGGGAUGAGGGACUCUUCUUUCAAUGCCGUGCAGGUUAGCAACUUUGCAGGUGGUCGCAGUGAGCCGCGGAUACAGUUGGUACCGGAGUCACCAGUAUGGCCGCCGGUGCGGACUGGGGGACCGCGGCUAUGCAGGGCUCCAUGGCCCAUUUCUCCACUCCCUGAGUUGGUCUGGGCACAGCCAGGUGCGACAAGCCAACAUCCGCAGCUGCAAAUAGGCCGAGUACCGGCGAGCCAGCAGCCCGUGCCCUUAAGUCCGAUCACGCGGCUGAGCAUUCGCAGCAUGGCCAGCUUCCGGGUUCACGAGCGUCUGCCUGCGCCACCACUGGGUGAAUUACUCCGGCGCAGCACUCCACGCACUCGGCUAGUUCCAGAGUUUUCGGCAGGGGCAGUUCAGAGCUGCUCCAGGCGAGUCUUGCGCUGUGAGGCCAGCUUGGCAGUGACCUUGCGGCGUCCAAGGACGCAGCCGCAAAACUCUCAAGAGACGACGCGCGAGCUGGCCGACCUGCCACCGGAGCCGACUCCCCCACUCGCGCCGAUUCUCAGGCUGCGCCAUUCCGAAAAAGUUGAUCCUCCCAGCAUGUCAAGGCUCGAGCCCCCCAGCAAGCGCCCAAGACAGCGACGGGUGCCCAUCUCGCCGCCUGUCCACGUUGCAGCUUUGCCAAGCAGACUCCGUGUGCGACUGGUUCCCGAGUCACCCGAGUGGCCUGCAGCAACGCGUGCGAGAGUGCAUCCAGUCAGAGAUCCUUGCAUUGCUGGACGUGGCCUGGAAACUCCUGCAACUCGGCCUUGUGGUGAAGCGCAUCUUUCAGGUCUCCGGCGAAGAGACCUCCAGCAUGAUAGCAAGAAGCAGAAGCGAACGGAGUCGCACAAACAGGGCGGCAGAAAGCUUGACAGCAGGAGUGUCAGACUCCACAGCCCUGGCACAGACAGGACAAGCCAAAGCAGCUUGCGCCGCACCUACGGCUCACAAGGCCUUUUGCGAGCACUUCAAAUGUCCGGCAGCGCUCAAAGCAGAAGUAGCACUAGACAUAGUAGUCCUGGUAGCCCAUGCUUGAAACUCAGCCAAAGAGCUGACUCCAGCGAGGCUUUCCGUGCUGAAAGCCGAAGCACGGCUCGGGCACAAGAUGGCAUCGCAGGGUUCUCUCCGUGA